AUGCUGAUGCACGAGAAACUCAUGUCCGGACAGUUCUUCAACGACCUGAAGACUGAUCGCAAGCCUUUGCUGCACCACCACCACCAUCACCAGUACCAAAACCACCAUCACCACCACCAGCAAUCGUCACCGCAGCAGACGCACCAUCACCAUCAGCAGCACCAGCAGCAGCAGCAUCUGCAGCAACAGCAUCUGCAUCUGCAGCACAGCCAAUUGCAGCAGCAGAGCCUGGCCCUGCCCAAAAUGGAUCUCUACACCGCCUACGCCUAUCAGCAGCAGCUCCUUGGCGCUGCCCUCAGCCAACAGCAGCAGCAGCAACAGCAGCAGCAUCAACAGCAACUGCAGCAGGCAACAGUUGGAGGAGCUGCCUCCGCCGAGGUCCUUGAUCUGUCACGCCGCUGCGACAGCGUGGAGACGCCCCGGAAGACUCCCUCACCCUACCAGACCAACUACAGCUACGGCAGCGGCUCGCCCUCGACCUCACCCACAGCCACGGGCUCCGUCUCCGGCUCCGGCUCCGGCUCUGGCUCUAUCCCAAGCAGCCUUCUGUACUCCGUCCAACAGCAGCAACAGCAGCUGGCCAGCCUCUAUCCGGCCUUUUACUACGGCAACAUAAAGCAGGAGCCGUCCGCCCCCAAGAUCACACCUAAUGCCAAUGCCAGUGCCACGGCCACUGCCAGCCUCCUGCAGACAUUCGCAGCUGCCUCGGCGGCUGCCGCCGCUGCAGCUGUGGGGGUUUCCCCACGACCGGCAAGCAAUGCCAGCACCAUGCAGAUCGAUGUUUUGGAGACCCCACAAUCGCCGCCCGCAGCCCAGACCACCAACAACAGCAGCACCACCGCCUCCACCACGCCUACCAGCAGCACCGUAGCGAACAGCGCCUCCGACACGGGCAAGAACACACGCCCCUUCAAGGCAUUCCCCCGCGACCCACUAGUGAUUGCCGCCAACUUUGCGGCCACGGAUGUUCUCCUGGACAACCCGCGCGUUGAGCGCUACACCGAGUACCGGAAGCGGGUACUCGAACAGAUCCGCAGCUCGAACGGCGGCUCUCGCACCGUGACGAACCCCAAAAUGCGUCGCACCAACUCCCGCAGCGGCAGCGUCAACGAGGGCAGCUCCUCGAACAACAACAGCGAGAGCGAGGAUCGUGCGGCCGCCGAGGAAUCCAGCGAUUGCGACUCGCAUGCCGGCAACUUCGAGUCCAAGUCUACCACCGGCUCUCACUCGAACGGCAGCUCCUCUGGGGCGGCAAAUGCCAGCUUCCAGCCGUCCAGCGGCGGACAGGUGAAGGAUGCCGCCUACUACGAGCGGCGUCGUAAGAAUAACGCGGCAGCCAAGAAGUCGCGCGACCGUCGCCGCAUCAAGGAGGACGAGAUUGCCAUCCGGGCCGCCUACCUGGAGCGCCAGAACAUCGAGCUGCUGUGCCAGAUUGAUGCGCUCAAGGCGCAGCUGGCCGCCUUCACGGCCAAGGUAGCCACUGCCUAG